UGUUGUGGAGUUCACGCCAUGUUUCGUUGAUGCCCCGUGGUUUAUGCUUCAGCGAUAUAAAUGAUAAACGUCUUCAAACGGGGUUGUCUUUGAAUUGAACUACAGUUUGGGGACCGCGGAAAGGAAGUUCUGUUUUUUUGUGUGUGAUCAUACCUACCUGCCAGUGCUUGCCUUGCCCGCAUUACAAUGGUUGCGUCCUGUAUUGACGUUUGCCUGGGUCCAUCAUCGCUGUGGUGCUGAAAAGAAACGAACCCGUGCGGCCGUAGCGAGUGCAUGCUGCUGCGAACGAUGAGGAGGUUUCUGUGGACCUGCAGCGGUUGAAUUGCACCACCUCGCCCACUUCUUGAUUUUAUCCCUCAAAACCUGGACUCUACCGGCGCAGUUUAUGAAGACCCAGUGUGGACAGUAAUGACCUCACGCUCCCGGUUGCCAGCUGGCAGUAACGACAAUGUCCGAGCAUCAGAGCUGGCACAAGACAGGCAGCACACAGAGGUGGUCUGUAAUGUUCUUCUGCUGGAUAACACAGUUCAAGCCUUCAAAGUUAAUAAGCACGAUCAAGGACAGGUCCUGCUGGAUGUAGUGUUCAAGCACCUGGAGCUGACAGAGAGCGACUACUUCGGCCUACAGCUGGCCGACGACUCCUCAGACAGUCAGAGGUGGCUGGAUCCAACCAAACCGAUUAGAAAGCAAUUGAAAAGGGGGUCAUCACACCGUUUGAAUUUUAGGGUUAAAUUCUUUGUAACCGACCCCAAUAAACUUCAGGAGGAGUAUACAAGGUACCAGUACGUGUUGCAGAUUAAACAGGACAUACUUAGUGGAAGGCUGCCGUGUCCGUACAUCACAGCCGCUCUUCUUGCUUCAUACGCCGUUCAGUCUGAGCUAGGGGACUACAGUCAGAACGAGAACUUGCCCGGCUACCUCUCCGGAUACUCUUUCAUCCCCAACGCACCACAUGACUUUGAGAAAGAGAUUGCCAAACAGCAUCAGCAACACAAGGGACUGCCUCCUGCCCAGUCAGAGUUCAAUUAUCUAAACACAGCACGGACGCUAGAGCUCUAUGGAGUCGAAUUGCACUAUGCAAGGGAUCAAAGCAACACUGAGAUUUUAAUCGGAGUGAUGUCAACUGGGAUUGUCAUCUAUAAGAACAGGGUACGAAUCAACUGCUUUCCAUGGCUACAGAUUGUAAAGAUCUCGUUUAAAUGUCGACAGUUUUUUAUUCAACUCAGAAGAGAAUUGAAUGAGAGCCGUGAGGCGCUGUUAGCCUUUAACAUGGUGAACUACCGAGCCUGUAAGAACCUAUGGAAGGACUGUGUAGAGCACCACACCUUCUUCAGACUGGACCGACCCUUACCACCACAGAAGAACUUCUUUGCACAUGUCUUCCAACUGGGCUCCAAAUACCGCUACUGUGGUAGGACAGAGGUGCAAUCUGUCCAGUACGGCAAGGAGAAGGGCAUCAAGGACAGGGUGUUCGCCAGGUCUCCCAGUAAGCCCUUGGUGCGGCGGCUGAUGGAUGGAGGGAUGGACUGGGAGUCAGUCAGCCGGAACUCCAGAGCCUCUCUGUCUGACGACCGCCUGGAGACCCAGAGCCUGCCCACACGCUCCCCACCAGGCACCCCCAACCACAGGAACUCCGAGUUUGCACAAGAGCGCCUGCGGCCGUCCUCCGUGGGACACCUGCUGGACCAUGUGAACUACCACGACCAUGCCUCGCCCUGCCAAACCUUUACCAAUCACAAGUCAGCCUCCUCAACCCAGGCCAACUCCAUCAGCCUAGAUUCUACCCCGUCACCACACUUGGCCGACGACGGCCUGCCGCCCGCGCUGCCCCCUAAGCAGACCAGGAGGCCUCUGUCCAGCCAGUCCCACUCUCAGCAGGAGUUGGACAACCACAUCAAUGAGCUAUAUGACACGCCUCUGUCAGAAGACAAGACUAUGCCCAAUGGAGUGCUUCCUCAUGACAAUCUGGUGUUCAUUGAAAUGUGCCCCGACGAACAAGGACGAUUUGGAUUCAAUGUGAAGGGCGGGCUGGACCAGAAGAUGCCUGUGAUCGUGUCCCGGGUGGCCCCGGGAACAGCGGCUGACCUGUGUGUUCCCCGGCUGAACGAGGGAGACCAGGUGGUGCUGAUCAACGGUCAGGACAUCUCAGAGCACACCCAUGACCAGGUGGUCAUGUUCAUCAAGGCCAGCUGUGGGGAGAGCGACUCAGGAGUGCUGAACCUGCUGGUCAGACCCAACGCCAUGUAUGACCUGGUGGAGGAGGAGAAGCUGGAGGAUGGAGAUACAGAGUCUAACUACCAGUACUCCCCAGAGAGGGCUCCCCAGGACCAGCCCCAGGACCAGCCCCAGGACCAGCCCCAGGACCAGCCCCAGGACCAGCCCCAUGACCAGCCCCAUGACCAGCCCCAUGACCAGCCAGACCACCACCCAUCCUGCUGGAGAGACUCCAUACUACAGCUGAAAGAAGGCUUGAGCACUGGGGCCGUACAGCAACAGUUUGAUCAACUCUACCGGAAGAGGCCUGGGUUGACAAUGUCAUGUGCCAAAUUACCUCAGAACAUUUCCAAAAAUCGAUAUCGAGACAUUUCCCCGUAUGACGCCACCAGGGUUAUUCUGAGGGGCAAGGACGGGGACUAUAUCAAUGCAAAUUACAUCAAUAUGGUGAUUGCAGCGUCCAGUGCUGUAAACCGCUACAUCGCGUGCCAGGGCCCGCUGCCCGCCACCUGCUCUGACUUCUGGAGGAUGACUUGGGAACAGGGCUCCAACAUGGUGGUCAUGCUCACCACGCAGGUGGAGAGAGGACGGGUGAAGUGUCAUCAGUAUUGGCCCAACCCUGGUGCCAUUGCUACCCAUGGGGACUUCCAGGUGUCCUGUGUGACAGAAGAAGAGCAAUCAGCAUUCUUGGUCAGAGAGAUAACUCUCACACACCUGGAGAGUGAGGAGAGCAGGUCGCUGACUCAGAUCCAGUACAUGGCCUGGCCUGACCACGGUGUUCCAGACGACUACACUGACUUCCUGGACUUUGUCAGUCUGGUCCGCAGAAAGAGGGAGGGCAAGGAGGAGCCGGUCAUAGUACACUGCAGCGCUGGGAUUGGUCGGACGGGGGUGCUCAUCACCAUGGAAACAGCCAUGUGUUUGAUUGAGUGCAAUCAGCCCGUGUAUCCGUUGGAUAUCGUGAGGACAAUGAGAGACCAGAGGGCCAUGAUGAUCCAGACUCCGAGCCAGUACAGGUUUGUCUGUGAGGCGAUCCUCAAGGUGUACGAGGAGGAGCAGGUCAAACCCCUAACAGCCACAGAGGCCCUGACACCUGUAGAGUCUCUGACGCCUACAAAGUCCCUGAUAACCGAAGAGUCUCUGACGCCUACAAAGCCCCUGACACCCACAAAGCCCCUGAUGACACCCGUAGAGUCUCUGAUGCCUACAAAGCCCCUGACACCCACAAAGCCCCUGAUGACACCCGUAGAGUCUCUGAUGCCUACAAAGCCCCUGAUACCCAUAGAGUCUCUGACGCCUACAAAGUCCCUGAUACGCGAAGAGUCUCUGACGCCCACAAAGCCCCAGAUACCUGUAGAGUCUCUGACGCCUAAAAAGUCCCUGAUACCUGUAGAGUCGCUGACGCCCACAAAGCCCCUGAUACCCGUAGAGUCUCUGACGCCUACAAAGCCCCUGACACCCACAAAGCCCCUGAUGCCUACAAAGCCCCUGACACCCACAAAGCCCCUGAUGACACACGUAGAGUCUCUGAUGCCUACAAAGCCCCUGAUACCCGUAGAGUCUCUGACGCCCACAAAGCCCCUGACACCUGUAGAGUCUCUGACGCCCACAAAGCCCCUGAUACCCGUAGAGUCUCUGACACCCACAAAGCCCCUGACACCUGUAGAGUCUCUGACGCCCACAAAGCCUCUGACACCCGUAGAGUCUCUGAUGCCCACAAAGCCCCUGACACCCGUAGAGUCUCUGGCGCCCGCAAAUCCCCUGAUACCCGUAGAGUCUCUGACGCCCGCAAAGCACCUGACACCCGUAGAGUCUCUGACGCCCACAAAGCCCCUGAUACCCGUAGAGUCUCUGACGCCCGCAAAGCCCCUGAUACCCGUAGAGUCUCUGACGCCCGCAAAGCACCUGACACCCGUAGAGUCUCUGACGCCCACAAAGCCCCUGAUACCCGUAGAGUCUCUGACGCCCGCAAAGCCCCUGAUACCCGUAGAGUCUCUGACGCCCGCAAAGCACCUGACAACCGUAGAGUCUCUGAUGCCCACAAAGCCCCUGAUACCCGUAGAGUCUCUGACGCCCGCAAAGCCCCUGAUACCCGUAGAGUCUCUGACGCCCACAAAGCCCCUGACACCCAUAGAGUCUCUGACACCCACAAAGCCCUUGAUACCCGUAGAGUCUCUGACGCCCACAAAGCCCCUGAUACCUGUAGAGUCUCUGACGCCCACAAAGCCCCUGACACCCGUAGAGUCUCUGACGCCUGCAAAGCCCAAGACACCCGUAGAGUCUCUGACGCCCACAAAGUCCCUGAUACCCGUAGAGUCUCUGACGCCCACAAAGCCCCUGAUACCUGUAGAGUCUCUGACGCCCACAAAGCCCCUGACACCCGUAGAGUCUCUGACGCCCUCAAAGCCCCUGACACCUGUAGAGUCUCUGACACCCACAAAGCCCCUGAUACCCGUAGAGUCUCUGACGCCUGCAAAGCCCCUGACACCCGUAGAGUCUCUGACGCCCUCAAAGCCCCUGACACCUGUAGAGUCUUUGACGCCUACAAAGCCCUUGACACCCACAGAGCCAGAGGUAGAGACAGAGAGAAUCGGCUUUAUCCCUCCUGGGACUGACUGACUGACACAGGGCUGCAUGGGCCUAAGCACCACCCUCUUCUUCCACAGCCUGUCUAUCUGUCUGUCUAGAGCCUGUCUGUCUGACUCCCUCAGUCACAAUAGUUUCUUCCCACAUCUGCCAUUUUGAGUCUGGCAAGAGAGACUACAGUCACAAGCAUGGAGACGACUACCGACAACCACUCGAACUGCCUGGGAGGGGAAACAAAGCACUGUUGCACUUUAUGACGACAAAACGCCAUACUUUGGAGAAUUAACGGAAGAAGAAAAAAAAAGAAACAAAGUUACGAUGAUCAACUGGAAUUUGGGAUAUUAGCAAGUGUCCAGGAUCAAGAGCGAAGUGAGAAACAGAACAGUAUCUGGGUUGGGUAAUAUUGCUGCAGUGCCAUUACUUUCAGACAAACCUUCAUAAUUAACAGGACAACUCAAUGGAAAGUGGACUGACGUUUGUUUUCAACCCAUCAGUGCAUCAUCCCCAAGUGUCAUAUCCGUGGUUUCUUCAGACUAGUCUUUCUGUCUUACUCCGUAGACUAUUCAUAAAACUAUUCAUCGUCAACUGAAGAUCCGUUCCGAAAGUGGGUUGACCCUCUAUGUAAGGUCCUGGUAAAGCGCUCUGACUUCUACCCUGUGGCACUACUCAUCUUGUCAUCUCAUUUCCCUUAUUGAGACUGUAGGUUGUCGGAUGGAUACUUUUGGGCUUUCAUGUGUCUCCACAGAUUGGAAUCAUCUCCAGGGAAGGUGUUUCCCAAGCCAAGGUCAAAGGCGGGGGGGAAGGUUAGGAGCGGUGGAGGCUGCAGAGGGGAGGGCGGCUCAUAAUCAUGGCUGGAGUGCAGUCGUUGGCAUGGCAUCGGCCACAUGGAAAACCACGUGGUUGAUACCAUCCCAUUGACUCUAUUCCAGCCAUUGUUAUGAGCCGUCCUCCACUCAGCAGCCUCCACUGGUUAGGAGAGGCCUCCCUCCUCUUUUACCAUAAUCUCAAUAGCUGAUUACCUGCCAUUGAGCUCGGCACUAUGUGGUUGUGGUGUUGGUGUUGUUGUUGUUAUUUUUUGAGGCAGCUAUUCAACUUUGAUUCAGAUGGCUCAACAUGUGACGGUACAUCGGUCUCUCGAAGAUGCUAUACCACUAGCCCAAAACGGGCAGUAUUUUAAUGCAGGUUUUGUUAUGGCUAGUAACAUAGAAUGACCUUGCCAUGCAGGAUUGGGUUGGUACAGUCCAUAGGUGGUUUAUCAAGUGUCAUUGCAUCAGAUUUUGAAAUUGAAUAUGAGGUAUUCAGAGCUCUCUGAUUAAGAGCAUCGGGGUAUUUGGUACCAUGGUACUGUACAUCAGGAUUUUAGACAGUUGGUGUACAUUAUAUUCAGAUGGUACAUACAUUACAUAAAAUGACUGAGCUUUCAGGACCAAUAGGUUUUUAGACUUGUGAGUAAAACAAAAAGUUUUCAAAUUGUUUUGAAAAGCUAUAAGGCUCAAGCUAUAGAUUUGCUUCUGAUAUUUUUUUUUUAUAAGAGACCCCUUUUGCUUCUUGGGGAUGGUCAGCACUUUUCAGCUGAACUUGUAGCAUAUUUGCUGCUAUGUAUGAUUAGACCCCCCCCCCCCAAAAAAAAAAAAUGUUGGAAUUGUAUUUAGCAUUUUCUUAAUAUUUGUUGGAUAUAGACACCCCUAUGGGACAUUUAAGCUAUAUGGUGUCAUCUAGAUCUGUGUAAUGUAACUAGUAUACAUUGACUAUGUUAAUUUAUAAAGAUUAAUGAAAUGAAAUUAACGUGAGACCAAGUUAUUUUUAUAAAGAAAAGAAAAGUCUGAAACUUUUCCACUUGUGUAAAGUCCUGCUGGAAUUAGAAAGGAUUGUUAUGGGAAAGCAUUGCAAUAGAUGUAUGCUGUGUAAAAGUUCUCUCCUUAAGUCUAGUGGCAGUGGAAAGAAUGGGACCGGCAACAUGAAGCUCUGUACACUGACUAAUAGACUAAUCACCAUUAAUACUGUUCUUUUUUAUGACAAUUGAAACCCACAAAGUUAUUUUAAUUCCCAUGAUUUCCAGUUGAAUCGAUAGAUGUGAUUGUGCUUUUGAAACCAGAAAGCUGGCUUGGUCAAACUUCAUCUUGCUGAUACUUCUGCAGUGGGUUUAUGCGGUACUAUUGCUGACCAUGUUUACAGUGGUCCGUGAGUUGGUUUUGUGGUUUGGAAAGGACGUGUAUCUACUGAAAGUCGGCGUGUUUACAAAAAGCUGUUGUGCGACGGGGAACUUCGGCUCAAUCAGAUCACUCACCCUCUGCGUCCCAAAUGGCACCCUAUUCCCUAUACAAGUGCACCACUUUUGACCGGGCUUUUAGCCAAAAGUAGUGCACUGAAUAGGGAGCCAUUUGAGGGUCAGACGGUGUCUAACACUUCACCAUGAAAUAGACUGAGGCACUGGAAUGUUUAUUUUACAAGGUUGUCCCCGUUAAGGUCAAACACCUCUUUUUCAAGGGAGAUCUGGGUGGUAUGUUUUUUGUUUGUUUUUGCACGAUGCUUUUCGAUCUUAUCAUCACUUAGUAAUAGUACAACAUUCUGCACAACUGUGAUGUAAAUAUAAGCUUAAAUCUGUGAACUAGUGAAAUAUAUUUAAAGAUCAAAAUCAGGAGGAUGUACAAAUGUAAUGUUUGUUGUGAAGCUGUACAGAUAUUGAAUGUAUCGAUCUCAAGCUUUUAGUUGUUCGAAAAUGUACGGGAUGUAUAAUUUGACUUUUGAGGGGAAAUAUUUUUCAUACUACUGUACUUGUAAAUGCAGGUAAAUAUCAGUCUGGGCUCUGCCUGGUCUGCGACCUGCUCUGUGUUUUUGUUGUAAAUAGGAGCAAUAUCAUGUCAGUAAGGUGCCAAUGUUCUGUAAGUAAAGUCAAAUUUCUGUUGUA